AUGUCGACCGAAUCGCUUCAAGAGACGAACAACAAGACUCUGGGCACAGAGGCAGGGACAUUUCCUAUCAUUACACUUCCAGAUGGCCGGAAAGUACCAACUGGGACUAUCGGAGCUUUGAUGGUAAACGUCAAAGCAUUCGACGAUGGGACCGAGGAACAGCGAGUCGAGCUGGAAUCUGCCAUUCGAUCGGCCAUCCCAACGCUCCACAAAGUGGGCAUGUUUGAUCUAUUCACUCCGGACGAAUGGAUUACAGACCGCAGCCCUGGCAGAAGCCUCGUUGGUAGGCUAGCACGGGAUUUUAUCGCGUGA